AUGGAGGUCUCGCGUGGCGAGGGUGAGCCAUUGGACUUCCACGUCAAGUACCGGAGCCCAGCUAUGGCGGCUCAUGGCGCCUACCUUCGGGCCGUGUCCGGUGACUGCGAGGUCUACCGGGUUUGGCAAUACGACUUGCUCCAAGCGGCCCACGUGGUAGCUCAGGCCCACGAUUGGUUCUACCAGCUCCGGGUUCUGGAGAAGGAGACCCGGGCCUGGCUGGAGACGCGACUGGUGAGCGCGCGCGGGCAGCUGUUGGGCAGGGUGCCACACCCUGCGGACAAGCAGAUCCGGGGCUGGGCCGAGAAGAGGAAGGAGAGCCAGAGGCGCGCCCGUGAGUUGCAGGAGCAGUUGGCCGACAACUACUUAGGGCCCAAGUUGCCGCUGCUUCCCCCAAAGAAGCUGGGAACUACGGCCUUCCGAAGUUGGGCUGCUCUUCCGGGCAAAGCCGGGCCAAGGAGGCCGCCAAACAACUUCCCCGGUCCGGAGGCUUUCCGCGCCCUGAGAUUGUCCAAGGCCAAAUCUGAGCCUCGACUUCCUCCCGCCUGGCCUCCGAAGGGCCCUCCCAAAGCGCGGCGCAAGCGGGAAGGUGCCGAUCAUGUGGAGAGCCCUGUGCAGAAGGGCGAGUCCGAUGCGUGA